AUGGCAGGGAUUCACCCCACGCCGGCGGGGACGAGGAGAGCAGGGGCCGCGGGGACGGACCAUCCCAUCCGAACCGAGGACAGGUACCAGCCAGGAGUCGACAGGGUGCAGCGAUCGCAGAUGAGGAAAGAGACCAGAUCCCACUCCAUUUCUCCUCAGGGAAACCACGGAAGAUCGAGCCAAGAGAGCUUUAACUUUCACCAGCUGGCCGCUGCGUUUGCCACGGCGGCGCCAGCGUUUACGCCGGGGAAAUGGAGCGAAAGUGCAGCGAAGGUGAGCAGGUAUACCGGAGAGGUGAAACGGCUUAAACGUCGUAUGACCACAGUGAUCAGGAUCUAA